GAUCCACCCCCUAGCUUCAGCCACUCGAUUGACGCCACUACACUCCCUCCCACUUCUCUGCCUCCUCAGUUUUAGGUAACUGGUUAGAUACGCAGAGGACCACCUCACCUCACAGAUCGGAAAGAUAUGAAUCGAUUGAUCCACAGCCAUGAGCUGAUGACGCUGCGCUAGCUCUAGCCAGCUGCACGGACGGACGGAAGCAAUCAAGCAAAUCUGGAAUGGAGGCCGCAGCAGUAGUAGGAAGAGGAGGAGGAAGCAGCAGCACGCUGCGGAUACUGGUAGCAACCGACUGCCACCUCGGCUAUCUCGAGAAGGACGAGCUACGCAGGCCCGACUCCUUCGACACCUUCGAGGAGAUCUUCUCACUGGCAGAGCAACAUAAGGUGGAUUUUGUGCUUCUCGGUGGUAAUCUGUUCCACGAGAACAAUCCGUCGCGCUCGACGCUGGUGAAGACGAUUGAGAUCCUGAGGCGCUGCUGCCUGGGUGACCGGCCGGUGCAGUUUCAGGUGGUCAGUGAUCAGGCAACGAGCCUGCAGAACUUGUUCGGUCGGGUGAAUCACGAAGACCCAAACAUCAACAUCAGCUUGCCCGUGUUCACCAUACAUGGCGACCAUGAUGAUCCUACAGGAGUGGAUAACAUGUCUGCAAUAGAUGUUCUUGCCUCGGCUGGUUUUGUGAAUUAUUUUGGAAAGGUGGAUCUUGGCAGUUCUGAUGUUGAUGAAAUAUCACUUCAUCCUAUACUUAUCAAAAAGGCCGCAACAUCUGUCGCACUAUACGGCCUAGGGAAUGUCAGGGAUACAAGAUUGAGAGAGAUGUUUCAAACACCAGGUGCAAUAAAGUGGAUUAACCAUGAAAGUCCAGAAGAUAUGCCAUUAUCUAACUGGUUCAACAUUAUGAUUCUUCAUCAGAACAGGAGAACGGCGAGUCCUGACAAUGGCAUCACCGAAUAUCUUUUGCCACAUUCUUUAGACUUGGUAAUUUGGGGCCACGAGCAUGAAAGCAUUGCAGAUCCACAGGAGGUUCCAGGUAUAGGUUUUCACAUCACACAACCAGGAUCUACAAUUACCACAUCACUCACUAGUGCCGAAGCAACCCAAAAGCAUGUGCUUUUGUUGGAAAUAAAGGGAAUGAAAUACAGGCCAACUAAAAUACCUUUGAAGACUGUUAGACCAUUCGAAUAUGCUGAGGUUGUGUUAGAAGAACAAGAGGAUGUUGACCCGAACGACGAACGGACGGUUCACGCACAUUUGGAUAAAGUUGUGGAAAAUCUUAUUGAGAAGAACAAUAGAAAAACAGGCAGUGGAUCAGAGCCCAAACUUCCACUUGUUAGGAUAAAGGUGGACUACUCUGGGUUUUCGACUAUAAACCCGCAUCGGUUUGGUCAAAAGUAUGUUGGGAAGGUCGCAAAUCCCCAAGACGUUAUUGUUUUCUCAAGAUCAGCGAAAAGACGUCAAAAUACGCAAGUAAACACUGAUGGUUCUGAACAGAUUUAUCCAACUGACCUUGAUCAGUGCACAGUCGAAGAUUUGGUUGCAGAGAGUAACGUGAAAACGCAGAUUCUUCAAGUGAAUGAUCUGCAGACUGCCCUGCAUGUUUUUGUCAAAAAGGAUGAUAAUAUGGCGUUUCACUCCUGCUUGCAGAAAAAUACUGAAGAUGCGAAAAAGAAGUUGACCGAUGGUUCUUCAGAAUUUAAAAGCGGGGACAAAGAAAAGUUAGCACUUGAAUUGGAUCGGUGCAUGCAGGCAUCAGCGAAGCAAGAAACUGGAAGCACACCGAGCUCGCAGAACCUUCCAGCCAGCAUGGCGCUCAGCGCGUUCGAGGAACUGAAGUGCUCCUCGGAUCACGUCGACCAAGACACCCACAACGACUCUGAUGAGCUCAUCGAGAUAUCGUCGGAGGAUGAAGAGCGCCAUCAGCUACCGAGGCCAGUGAAGCGCACGGCACUUGCUAUGGUUGAUGGCCCCGCAUCAUCUUCUUCCUCCAGCUGCAGUAGGAGGAAGACAGACCUGACUUCCUACCGCCGGAUCCCACCGCCUAAGGAAGAAGAAGACGGCAGGGCCAAGAAACGCCGGUCUCCUCAUGUUGCCGGGAGGUACGGGGCUGUAAGGAGGAACCGAUGAGAUGGAUGCAAGAAGGCUCAAGGCAGCAACAAUUUUCAGAAACUGUAUUGUUUGGUUAAAUCAUUUUUUUUUUGAGAAACACAGUACAAACGUAGG